GUGAUUGAUCUUGCAUUGCAUUGCGUUGCAUUGCAGGUUCGGCAGCUUAUUACUUUGUUUAAUUUGUGCAGAAUGUCACAAAUAACUACAAACAUGUUGAAGAAUACAUUUCAAACUAGCAAAUUUGGCAGUCUAAAGGUUCAAGUCCAGUGCAAACAUACGGCUGUUACGCCGUUGCAAAACAUCCGCGAGCGGCUGGAGAGUGGUCCAAGUUUUCAAGACUUUGUUCAAAACCCAACCUACAAUCGGGAUGACUGGAGUGAAUAUGAGGGAAAAUUAAAACGCGAAAAAGGCGAAAAUGAGCGGCUUAGGUUGCCACCCUGGCUGAAGACGAAAAUACCGAUGGGAAAGAACUACAGCCGCAUUAAGGAGCAGCUGCGGGAAUUGAAGUUGGCCACGGUGUGUGAGGAAGCUAAGUGUCCCAACAUUGGCGAAUGCUGGGGAGGUGGAGAGCAUGGUACGCAAACGGCAACCAUAAUGCUUAUGGGCGAUACUUGUACUCGAGGUUGUCGGUUUUGCAGCGUGAAAACAGCACGUGCUCCGCCUCCGUUAGAUCCAGCUGAACCGUUGAAUACCGCAUCUGCAAUCGCUUCUUGGGGCUUGGACUAUAUAGUGCUUACUUCUGUUGACCGUGAUGACCUAGCGGACGGAGGAUCCAAUCACAUUGCUGCAACAAUUAGAGAGAUCAAAAAGCAGAAUCCUCGCAUUUUUGUUGAGUGCCUCGCGCCGGAUUUCCGAGGUGACAAGAAUUGCGUCGAAACGGUAGCCCUUUCCGGUUUGGAUGUGUACGCCCAUAAUAUCGAGACGGUGGAAGCUUUGACACCAUUUGUCAGAGAUCGCCGAGCUCAGUAUAGGCAAAGCUUAAAAUGUCUGGAAAGUGUAAAGGACAUAAACCAUAAUUUAAUAACAAAAACUUCGAUAAUGCUUGGACUUGGCGAAACAGAUGAACAAAUUGAACAGACUUUGAAAGACCUUCGUACGGUGGGUGUAGAUUGCCUCACACUCGGUCAAUAUAUGCAGCCCACCCAGCGGCAUCUGAAAGUCAUUGAAUACGUCACGCCGGAGAAAUUUAAACACUGGGAAACACGCGGCAACGAGCUAGGUUUCCUGUACACCGCCAGUGGUCCACUGGUGCGCAGUUCGUACAAAGCAGGAGAAUUCUUCAUCACCAGUAUAUUGAGAAAUCGUGCGCAAAAGACAAACAUAAGUAAAGAACAAGCUAAUCGAACUAAGGAAGAGGAUUCGCAAUAAAAUGAAUAAACGAAUUGUUCUUCAUUGGUGCAAGCAAAGCUAUAGAUAUUUAGAAUAAAUUAUACUAAAGAAGACAGUGUUUGCAAUUAAUAUUGUCUGCUUACUGUUGAAUACGUGUGAUCGCAGUUUCGUCAGAAAUUUCUAAAACGUAGCUGGAUACGGAAUCGCACCCAUUCAAGGUUUGUUAACUGCAGAACUAAAAAUUUUAUUAGUGUUGUAAUCGGAAUGUACAGGAUUAUGAACUGGAAUUAAUAAAUCAA